CGGAGGGCGCGGACCGGCGCCGAGAUGAAGGGCGCCUCGUCCAUCCCCGCGGCCGCCAUCAUACCUUCGCCGCUCUUCCUCUGGCGCGUCAAGGUCAUAUUGUUCCUCCUGUGGGGUCUAUGCUGCUGCAAGAUAGGGUGGGACUCGGUCAUGAGGAUGAGUGUUGAUCUGCGGGACUUGUUUCUCUACGAGGCUUUCCUGUACUAUAAUCCUCUCCUUCUGGUGGCACUGAUGAUUUGGUUAUGGGGAGUGAACUUGUGGGUUUUUGAGCAAUCAUCAGUGAAUUAUGCAAGAGUGUUUGAUCUUUCACAGACACAUUUAUCGUACCGAGAAAUAUGGAGGUGUGCUACUUGGCUGACUUUAAUUGUUCCAACAAGUAUGACAGCUUACCUAUAUUUGUAUUCACAUGGGGAAGUGUCUCUUGCUGCAUCUCAACCAGUUCUUUUGUAUGUUAUCCUCCUGAUGGUCCUCCUUUCUCCUUUCGAUAUGUUUUACUUAUCAUCACGCUUUUUCUUUCUGAGGACCACAUGGCGUAUAAUACUUCCAUUACAAGCAAUUACAUUCCCUGACUUCUUCAUGGCGGAUAUUUUUACAUCUAUGUCAAAGGUGUUUUCAGAUUUAGAGCGUUCAGGUUGUCGCAUGCUCCAUCGUCAGGUAGCGACAAUUGCCUGGUUUGAAGCAGAUUCAGUUUGUGGUAGCCACUCUGUGGCUAUUCCUUUAGUUCUGGUACUCCCUUAUCUGUGUCGUUUCUUCCAAUGCCUCCGACAGUACAAGGAUACAAAAGAGAAGACAUGUCUUCUCAACGCACUCAAAUACUCUACAGCAGUCCCUGUGAUUUUCUUGUCAGCUCUCAAGUAUCACGUAUUCCCUGACUUGUGGAUUAGCUUUUACCGCCCGCUAUGGCUUCUCUCUAGUGUUGUGAAUUCACUGUAUUCCUUCUACUGGGAUAUAAAGCGAGAUUGGGAUUUGAGCAUUUUAACCAGGAUUUUCAUGUUCAAAAACCCAGGUGUAUUGACUAACCUUCUUUAUGGCCAGAGCUGGGUAUAUUACUGGGUGUUAGGUAGCAAUCUUGUUCUCCGAUGUACGUGGACGUACAAGCUUUCAGCACAUCUUCGGCACAACUACCUGACGGUGUUCGCGAUAACGGCUUUGGAAAUGGUGAGGCGGUUCCAGUGGGUGUUUUUCCGCGUUGAGAACGAGUGGAACAAGAUGACUGCCAAGCAAAAUUUUGAAAUGUCAUCUGACAUGCUGCCUUCGGAAGCAGAUAGGCUACUGGAUUCUAACAACCAUAAAGUAUGACAUAAUAAUAUUCUUACAGUGCGAUCAUUACUUGUAAUAUUCUUAUAGAGCUCAAAAGGUCAAGUAUACAAGAUAGGUUUUCACACAGAAUGAAAUUGUUGGCACAUGUGCCAUCUGUAAUACAGUUGAAUCCAACAGGAGAUGCUUGUUGACACAUGAAACAAAGAAAGCAAUACCGAAAUAUUUAAUUUUGUUA